ACACUGCGACCUUCACCGAAACACAGCUCCACCAAUCAAAAAUAUCCUAUCCCACUUUCGCCGGAGACCGCCAUGACUCGGUUGGCCACCGCCGUCGCCGUCCUUCUUUUCUUCCUAGUCUCCCUCUCUUCUUCCGCCACCAGUAGCCGCGACCUGAUCGGAGACGUCUUGCGCUUGCCGUCGGAAGCUUCGAGGUUCUUCCGCGCCGGCGAUGGUGGCGCCGAUCAGCAAGACGACGGCUCCGUCGGCACGCGGUGGGCCGUUUUGAUCGCCGGCUCCAAUGGAUACUGGAAUUACAGGCAUCAGGCUGAUAUAUGUCAUGCCUAUCAAUUAUUGAAGAAAGGCGGGCUGAAAGAUGAAAAUAUUGUUGUAUUUAUGUAUGAUGAUAUUGCUUACAAUGAAGAGAACCCUAGGCAAGGAGUCAUCAUCAACAGUCCUCACGGUGAUGAUGUUUAUAAAGGAGUUCCGAAGGAUUACACUGGGGAUGAUGUUACUGUUAAUAAUUUCUUUGCUGCUAUUCUUGGAAACAAAACUGCUAUUACCGGGGGUAGUGGGAAAGUUGUGGACAGUGGUCCGAAUGAUCACAUCUUCAUAUACUACUCCGAUCAUGGUGGUCCUGGAGUACUUGGGAUGCCUACCAGUCCCUAUAUUUAUGCAGACAGGCUCAUAGAAGUUCUAAAGAAGAAGCAUGCUGCAGGGACAUAUGAAAGUUUGGUAUUUUAUCUUGAAGCUUGUGAAUCCGGAAGUAUCUUUGAAGGUCUUCUUCCUGAAGGUUUGAAUAUCUUUGCAACUACAGCAUCAAAUGCAGAAGAGAGCAGUUGGGGGACUUACUGCCCGGGAGAGUAUCCUAGUCCUCCCCCAGAAUAUGAAACCUGUUUGGGUGACUUGUAUAGUGUUGCUUGGAUGGAAGAUAGUGACGUACACAACUUGAAGUCAGAAACUUUGCACCAGCAGUAUGAACUGGUCAAAUCAAGGACAGCGAGUGAUAAUUCUGCUUAUGGUUCUCAUGUCAUGCAAUAUGGCGACAUAGGGCUCAGCAAGAACAACCUCUUCAUGUAUAUGGGGACGAAUCCUGCAAAUGAUAACUACACUUUCAUGCCUCAGAACUUCUUCAGGCCAUCUUCAAAAGCUGUCAACCAGAGGGAUGCUGAUCUGGUCCAUUUCUGGGAUAAGUUCCGCAAGGCUCCUGAAGGCUCACCAAGGAAGGCUCAAGCCCAAAAAGAAUUUCUUGAAGCAAUGUCUCACAGAAUGCAUAUAGAUGAAAGCAUGAAACUUAUUGGGAAACUCCUGUUUGGAAUCAAAAAAGGUCCAGAGAUCCUCAGCGCUGUUCGACCUGCUGGGCAGCCACUUGUUGAUGACUGGGACUGUCUUAAGACAAUGGUGAGGAGUUUUGAGACGUAUUGCGGAUCUCUAUCUCAGUAUGGGAUGAAACACAUGCGUUCCCUGGCAAACAUCUGCAACGCUGGAAUGACGAAGGAGCAGAUGGCUGAGGCUUCAGCCCAAGCCUGCGUCAAUGUUCCUUCUGGCCGAUGGAGCUCUCUGCACAGGGGAUUCAGUGCUUGAUUUUAUUCAAAAUCUGGAAUUUGAAUGACCAGUAUCUGGUCGUUCUAUAUACAAACAUGUCUUGGGACGCAUCUCCAAUGAUUGUAAUUCCGAUUGCUUCAGUGAAUCCCUGUACAUAUAACUGAAGCUCCUUUUCCUAGAGGAGAGGGCAUUGUAUAUUUGAAGCUUGCCUAAUACAGAACGUUUGUUGUGUAUGAAUCUGUACCUCUUGCAUGUAUUUGGUUAUGAAAGUUUGGCAUUCGUCUGUCCGCUUUA